AUGUCAAAGCCUGAUGUAGUUAAGCAAUUACAAAUCAAGACUUCAUCUUUGAAAAGAAUGAUGAAAGAUUUAGAAAUGUAUAAGAAAGAGGAAGAAGAAUUCAAAGAAAAAAUAGAAAAUAUGAAGAAUGAUGGUAAAAGUUUCCAUGACAUACAACAACAAGAAAAAUGUUUACACGAGACCUUGCUAGUUUAUCGUGAUGUAUUAAAACGCCUCUCUUUAGGUUACUCUGAUCUUCAUAAACAUUUGAAAGAGAAUUUUGAUGAGAACUAUUCCAAAUUAAGUAACUCAUCAGAAAAUAACUCAAAUUUAGACAUGGACGACCCAAAAAAUCAACUGAUUUCAUCUGCAUUUGUUGAAAUGAAAAAAGUACGAUCUGAAUACGGAAAUAUCAUCAAACUUGAGGAAUUAUCAUUGGGAAACAACAUUAAAAAUGACUUAAUUUCAAAUGAUACUGAUUUUGUUUAG